CUUCUUCGAUUUGAAAAGAUUGUUGAAAUGGCUAAACUGAGCGUUUUCUUAGGUUUCUCCAUCAUUUUCGGCUGGACAACUGGAGAAAUUCAACACGUUCGCUUUUACGAGGCUAGUUCGACAUGCAACUCUUUGCCAAUUGCAACAAUUUAUGAGUCAACCAACAAUGUCAACAGCAGCACAUUUGCCUCCAUGAGUUUGCAGGGGAUGUGGCAAAUUUGGUCGUGUCCUUCGCCCAACUUCAAUUGUGGGAGUCCAGUCUCAACUUAUAUUGUCAAUUGCAGUCCCACUCCGUUCUGUAUUGGAAGGGCGGCUUCUGUUUUAUACAACUUUCGGAUGGUGGGGGACUCGUAUCAAAGGUCGCCAGAAAUACAUCUCUACUCCUCCAGAGAGUUUGCUGGUCAGGUCGUGAAGGUGACAAGGUCGACAAGUUGGAGCCACGCCCCCCUCGUUCACCCUUCUUCGCCCAUCCCCUCGUCCGAAUUCUCAGUUGCGUCCUUUUGGUUCACUGGCACUCACGAGUGGUCACUAUUUUCAGAGACCGAUUUCAAAGGGAGCAAAAUCUGUCUCAAGCCAACUGGGCAAGUUUUUGCGCAGGGGUUUGGCUUCACUGGAAACAAAGCAUUGUCAAAUGCUUACGUCAUAAAAUCUGCUCGAUAUGGGUGCAAUGGUGGACUCGGACUCCGACACGAAUUUGCAUACCUUGUAUUAUGUUUUUUGUAUGCCUGUUUGGUUUCUAAUUAUUUGUAA